GUAACCUUGUACUUUAUAUCCCAACACUACCACUUACAUAAAUCUUUUUUUCUGUCAUUUAAAUGACCAAUCACGAUAUUUAUCCCAACAAAGGACGGGAUUCAGGUCGACUUUCUAGUGACGGAUCAACACAGACAGUUUAUCAAAAUGGACUUCAAUACGAAACCGAUGGAAAUUUUGGUGAACCUAAUGCAAACGCAGUAAACAUUGAUGCUGCCAAGGGUGAAUACGUCGAAUUAAAGCGUGAAUUAUCUCGCAUCAGUCGUAAAUCAGCCAACGAAGGUCAACUCGAAGAAGGCAACACUGAAGAGUUCGAUUUAGAUGAAUUUCUUAGUGGUCUUCGAAGCGAUCAAACCUCUGCCGGUCACCAUAUCAAAAAUCUAGGCCUCAUUUGGAAAGAUUUAACCGUCAUGGGUGAAGCAGCAGAUGCACAUACCAUUCCUACCGUAUUCACUUACCUUGCUUUCUGGAAAUUUUUCGGUGGCAGCAAAAAUAAAAAAGUCAUCUUAAACAACCUUACCGGUCAUUGUGAAGCCGGAGAAAUGUUGCUUGUACUGGGUCGCCCUGGCGCAGGUUGUACCUCCUUCUUAAAGGUCAUGGCUAAUAUGACUGGCUCAUACACAGAUAUCAAUGGUACUGUCAGUUAUGGUGGUAUCGAUGCUGACACCUUUGCAAAACAUUAUCGUGGUCAAGUCUGUUAUAACGAAGAAGAAGAUCAACAUUACCCCACACUGACUGCUAAGCAAACACUCGAGUUUGCUCUUCGUAUGAAAACUCCAGGAAAGCGUCUUCCUGAUGAAACCAAGAACGAAUUCGUUGACAAGAUUCUUUAUAUGCUCGGUAACAUGCUCGGUCUUACCAAGCAAAUGAACACCAUGGUGGGUAAUGCUUGGGUUCGUGGUCUCUCUGGUGGUGAACGUAAGCGUAUGUCCAUUGCUGAACAAAUGACCACUUCCAGUUCCAUCAAUUGUUGGGAUUGUUCUACUCGUGGUUUAGAUGCUGCUUCUGCGCUCGAUUAUGUUCGUUCUCUUCGUAUUAUGACCGAUGUCUUCAAAAAGACCACCGUUGCCACUCUCUACCAAGCCUCGAACAACAUCUUUGCUUUAUUCGAUAAUGUUCUCUUGUUGGAUGAAGGUAGAUGUCUUUACUUUGGUCCUGUCGAAACCGCCAAAGAAUACUUUGAAUCCCUCGGUUUCUUCUGUCCUCACCGUAAAUCCAUUCCUGAUUUCUUGACGGGUCUUUGUAACCCCAAUGAACGUGAAAUUAUGCCUGGGUAUGAAAAGUCUGCUCCUAAAUUUGCUGUAGAUUUCGAAAAAAGAUACCUCGAGUCUUCCAUUUACAAGCAAGUAAUGAACAACUUCCAUGAAUACGAAAGCAUGAUUGCAAGUGAAAAGCCAGCUGAUAUCUUUAGACAAGCUGUUGAUGACGAACAUCAAAAGCGUGCUAAAAAGAGCGCCCCCUUCACAGCAUCCUUCUUUCAACAAGUCAAAUAUCUCACCAUUCGUCAAUAUCAUCUUAACAUUACUGAUUUGGGUGCCUUGAUCUCUCGUUAUGGUACAAUUCUUAUUCAAUCUCUUAUUACUGCUUCUUGUUUCUUUAAAAUGAGCGACGAUGGUGCUGGUGCCUUCUCCAGAGGUGGUGCUCUUUUCUUCUGUCUCUUGUUUAAUGCCUUUAUCUCUCAAUCCGAACUGAUUGCUUUCUUGAUGGGUCGCCCCAUUCUUGAGAAACAUAAGCAGUAUGCUCUUUAUCGUCCUUCCGCAUUUUAUCUCGCUCAGGUGGUCAUGGAUAUUCCUUAUACGGCUGCUCAAGUCAUCUUGUUUGCUAUCUGUUCCUAUUUUAUGAUGGGUUUAAGAUUAACCGCUGGCGCUUUCUUCACUUUCAUUAUUGUCUUGUUCUUUAUUAACUUGUCCAUGAACGGUUUCUUCAGAUUCUUUGGUGCUUGUACUUCCAGUUUCUUUGUCGCUACCCAGUUAUCUGGUGGUCUUCUUAUUGCCAUUAACACAUAUACUGGUUAUACAAUUCCUUACAACAAAAUGCACCCUUGGCUCUCUUGGAUCUAUUGGAUCAAUCCUUUGACUUAUGGCUACAAGGCAUUGCUUAUUAAUGAAUUAAGUGGAUUAGAAUAUACUUGUGAAGGUAGUGGUAAUGCUGUUCCUUAUGGUCCUGGUUAUGAUGACUGGAAUUACAAGGUCUGUACCAUGGUGGGUGGUAGACCUGGUGCCAGUUUCGUUAACGGUGACGAUUACUUGAGAGAUUAUCUUAGUUAUGCUCCUGAACAAAUCUGGGCUCCCGAUUUUAUUGCUGUUGUUGCUUUCUUCUUGUUAUUCACUCUUAUUGCUGCUUUAACUAUGGAGUUUGUGGGUUUAAGUAAAUCUGGUACGCUUACCAAGCUCUAUUUACCCGGAAAGGCUCCCAAGUCUCGUACACCUGAAGAAGAAGAAGCUAGACGUUCCAAGCAAGCCAACUUUACUACGAGCAUGGAUAAGAUUGCUACUGGUACCACCUUCUCAUGGCAAAACAUUGAUUACACUGUCCCUAUUAAAGGUGGUCAUCUUCAACUCUUAAACAGUGUUUCUGGUAUUGUUCGUCCCGGUCAUUUAACUGCCCUGAUGGGUUCUUCUGGUGCUGGUAAGACUACACUUUUGGAUGUCUUGGCUCGUCGUAAGACCAUUGGUACGAUCGAUGGUCGUGUUUACUUAAACAAUGAAGCACUUAUGUGUGAUUUCGAACGUAUUACUGGUUACUGUGAGCAAAUGGAUGUACAUCAACCUGCUGUGACUGUUCGUGAAGCGCUUCGUUUCUCUGCUUAUCUUCGUCAACCCAAGGAAGUGCCCAAGGAAGAAAAGGACGCUUAUGUUGAGUCUAUUCUUGAAUUAUUGGAAAUGGAAGACAUUGGUGAUGCUCAAAUUGGUCAAGUUGAAUAUGGUUAUGGUAUCUCUGUUGAAGAACGUAAGCGUUUAACCAUUGGUAUGGAACUUGUGGGAAAACCCAAGCUUCUUUUCUUGGAUGAACCUACUUCUGGUCUUGAUGCUCAAAGUUCUUUCAAUAUCAUUCGAUUUAUCCGUAAGCUGGCUGAUUCUGGAUGGCCUGUCUUGUGUACCAUUCAUCAACCUUCUGCUAUCUUAUUUGAACAUUUCGAUCAUCUCCUUCUCUUGGUCCGUGGUGGUAGAACCGCUUACUAUGGUGAAAUUGGUGAAAACUCCCAAACUAUGAUUAACUACUUUGAAAGCAACGGUGGUCCCACAUGUUCUCCUGAGGCCAAUCCUGCUGAAUAUAUCUUGGAAUGUGUUGGUGCUGGUACUUCUGGUAAAGCUAAGGCUGAUUGGGCUCAAAUUUGGGAAUCUUCCCCUGAGUCCAAGAUGCUUGUUGAAGAACUCGAAGAGAUUCAUUCUGGUUCAGAUGCCAACCCUACUCGUCCAGCUGAAACCUAUGCUACUGACAUGGGCAAUCAAUUCAAACUGGUCUUUAGUCGUAUGUCCUUGGCCUACUGGCGUUCUCCCGAUUAUAAUGUGGGUCGUUUCUUCAAUGUUAUGUUUACCUCUUUGAUCACUGGUUUCACUUUCUGGAAGCUUGAAUCUUCAUCUUCCGAUAUGUUGAACAAACUCUUUGCUCUUUUCGGUACUUUCAUUAUGGCCAUGACGCUUAUUAUUCUUGCUCAGCCCAAAUUUAUUACGGAGAGACAGUACUUUAGACGUGAAUAUGCUUCCCGUUAUUACAGUUGGUUACCAUGGGCUAUCUCUGCUGUCCUUGUUGAACUUCCUUAUAUUGCUUUCUAUUCUGCUUGUUUCAUGUUUGGUUUCUAUUGGACAGCUGGUAUGGACUCUUCAUCCGAGACUUCCGGUUAUUUCUAUAUCAUGUUUACUUUGCUUGUAUGUUGGGCUGUUACUCUUGGUUUUGUCAUUGCUUCCGUUUCGGAAUCUCCCUUGAUGGCUGCUGUUAUCAAUCCUUUGAUUAUCUCCCUCUUGAUUUUGUUUGCUGGUUUGAUGCAAGCACCCUCUCAAAUGCCCAAGUUCUGGAGUUCCUGGAUGUACUGGUUGGAUCCUUUCCAUUAUUAUAUUGAAGGACUCGCUGUGAACGAAUUGGGCAAUCUUAAGGUGACCUGUCGACAGGAAGAUCUCUUGAAAUUCAAUGUACCUGCUGGACAAACAUGUGGCGAAUAUACCAAGAACUUCUUCUCCUAUGGCGCACCCGGUUACAUUGACAACCCUCAAGCUGUUGCACCCGACAUGUGUGGUUACUGUACUUUUAACUCUGGCCCUGAAUUCUACGAAUCCAGAUUUGGAUGGAGCGCAGACCACAAGUGGCGUAACUUUGGUAUUAUUUGUGGUUUCUUUGCCUUUAAUGUCAUUGUAUUCCUUGGCCUUGUUUAUGCUCGUAGAAAGCCUAUGCGUUAAAAAAAAAAUCGCCUCUUUUUUUUUGGGUUCCUGUAUUUUUAUAUAUAUAUAAUUUUUUUUUCCAAUCGUAUCCAAUCUCUUUUUUUUGUAAUGAUUUAAUUUUUUUUAUUCUUCAACAAAUCCCCCUCCUCGCAUACCACUUAUAUAAUUUUUACUGUAAUAAACGUUUAGAGUU